AUGUCCAGUAACAAGAAUUUCAGACUCGCCCACCAGGCAGAGAGGGACCUGAACAGCUACCAGGCCAAACAGGGUCUUGGUCCAAAGAGCGACUCCACCCUUGACUCUGGCGUUAACGAAAUGGUCGACAAGAAAUUCGGUCAAUUGACCGGUAUUAAAACCGGCAGGGAAGCGGGUGCCUCGAGCAGUGAUCGCAAGCCGAUCCCUGAGGAUGAAGGUGGUAGCAGAGAUGACCGUGGCAGGAUCUCGAAAGCUGGACAAUUUCAGGGUGCAGGUGGCCCCGAGGAUAAAGUGAAGAUAGAGUCAGAACGUCGUCCUGGUGAUGACAAUACUCUCAACCUUCAAGACAUGAAGCGUGAAGGGUUGGUCUAG